CCCUCCCUCCUCUGCCGCCGCCGCAGCAACAGCCCAGACCUACACCGCCGUUCAGUGACUUGUAUCGCGAGAUGUAGGAGCAUCCGAUCCAGGCUUUGCUUUGCUAUUUGCCGCUGGUGUGUGUGAGUGGGGACUGAGCGGGGAUUUGCUUUGCCACUUACCGCUGCACUGAGAGCGGCUGAACGGGGUCUGACUCGGAGCAGGUGACUCGGAGCUGCUGACUCCCUCCCUCUCUCUCUGUCCCGCCCGCCCGCCUACCUGAGAGGAAAGAUAAACAGCAGCCGGAGGGGGAAGAAGGUCACAGCGAGCGAAGCAGGAGGUGUGCGUGAGGAGCAGGGACACAGUGAGGUGACAAGUCGGUGGAGGAAGCAGCGGCGGCUCCACUCGCUCGCUCACUCACUCACUCACUCAGUAUCCGUGACUGAGCUCCAGAAGAGCGCGAUUGCCUCGGUGCAGGGACAAGCAGGGCUUGAGAGGAAGGCGGACAGUGAAGGGGAGGUUGUGUGCGUUUGGAGCCAGCGUUGCCCCGGCCAGGUGGUGUGCACCGUGCGGGGAUCUGCGAGCAGCUUGAACAGCGGAGACAGCAACAGCCACCGCCGUCGACAUGGCUUCGACCACAACCUGCACCAGGUUCACGGAUGAAUACCAGCUCUUCGAGGAACUUGGAAAGGGCGCGUUCUCGGUGGUGAGGCGAUGCAUGAAAAUCUCGACGGGACAGGAAUAUGCUGCCAAAAUCAUUAAUACCAAAAAGCUGUCUGCAAGGGAUCACCAGAAGUUGGAGAGAGAGGCUCGGAUUUGCCGGCUGUUAAAACAUCCCAAUAUUGUCCGGCUCCAUGACAGCAUAUCUGAAGAAGGGUACCAUUAUCUAGUGUUUGAUCUAGUGACUGGGGGAGAAUUAUUUGAAGAUAUUGUGGCCAGAGAAUACUACAGUGAAGCAGAUGCCAGUCAUUGCAUUCAGCAGAUCCUGGAAGCUGUGCUACACUGCCAUCAGAUGGGUGUGGUCCAUCGAGACCUGAAGCCAGAGAAUUUGCUCUUAGCUAGCAAAAUGAAGGGGGCAGCUGUGAAGCUGGCAGAUUUUGGAUUAGCAAUUGAAGUCCAAGGAGAACAGCAGGCAUGGUUUGGAUUUGCUGGUACACCAGGAUACCUUUCUCCUGAGGUUUUAAGAAAAGAUCCAUAUGGAAAGCCAGUUGACAUGUGGGCUUGUGGUGUUAUUCUGUACAUACUGCUAGUUGGGUACCCUCCUUUCUGGGAUGAAGAUCAGCACAGACUGUACCAACAGAUCAAAGCUGGUGCUUAUGAUUUCCCUUCACCAGAGUGGGAUACGGUCACUCCAGAAGCUAAAGAUCUUAUCAAUAAAAUGUUAACCAUCAACCCUGCCAAACGGAUCACGGCCUCAGAAGCCCUGAAACAUCCAUGGAUAUGUCAACGAUCAACUGUAGCAUCUUGCAUGCACAGACAGGAGACUGUGGAAUGCCUAAAGAAAUUCAACGCUAGAAGAAAACUGAAGGGUGCGAUUCUCACAACAAUGUUGGCCACAAGAAACUUCUCAGCAGCAAAGAGUCUGAUGAACAAGAAGACAGAUGGAGUUAAGAAAAGGAAGUCCAGUUCGAGUGUUCAGAUGAUGAUAAACAACAAAGCCAACGUAGUAACCAGCCCUAAAGAGCCCAUACCUACCCCAGCACUGGAGCCCCAAACUACUGUAAUCCACAAUCCUGCUGAUGGAAAUAAGGAAUCCUCCGAAAGUACCAAUACUACCAUUGAAGAUGAAGAUGUGAAAGCUCGCAAGCAAGAAAUUAUUAAAGUUACAGAGCAGCUGAUUGAAGCCAUUAACAAUGGAGAUUUUGAAGGCUACACGAAAAUUUGUGAUCCGGGACUCACAGCAUUUGAGCCUGAAGCACUUGGUAACUUGGUUGAAGGAAUGGACUUUCAUAGAUUCUACUUUGAAAAUGCAUUGUCUAAGAAUCAGAAGCCCAUUCACACCAUCAUAUUGAACCCCCACGUGCACCUGAUUGGCGAUGAUGCAGCCUGCAUAGCGUAUAUCCGCCUCACUCAGUACAUUGAUGGCAGCAGCAUGCCAAAAACCAUGCAGACUGAGGAAACCAGAGUAUGGCAUCGCCGGGAUGGGAAGUGGCAAAAUGUCCAUUUCCAUCGCUCAGGGUCCCCAACUAUACCUAUCAAGUGCACAACCUUUUAUCCGAAAGCCUUGGGACCAGACACUUGUCGGAUUUCGUACAUUUUCGGAUUUCCGAAUGGAAGAUUUUUAGCGUAGAUUAGCUAAGAGAAAUGGUGCCACGGCUGGAUUCUCAGCAUUGAUUCUGGACUGGAAGAUUACAAUCAUACUAUCAGCACUUCUAGUCUAUUUUAACGCAUGUUUCUGAAUGCAUGAUGCUCUAGUGACAUGUCCUUUUCUGUUAAUUCUGUAAAUUUUUGUUUGCACUUCAUAGUAAGAAAUGUUACAAACAGAGUGAAACCAAAGGAAGGAAAAAUGUUGAGAGUACUUUUUAACCCUUUAUUUAUGCCAGGUUUCCUAACUUGAUAUAAUUGUAAACGUCUAAAUGAAAACUUAUUUUUUUCUGGAUUUCAAGUAUUUUAAAAACUACUGUACCCCUUAAUCGUUAUAAAAACAGUGUAAGUGGCACAUAGUCUUAUUCUCUUACUGUAGAAAUACUUUUAUAAUAAAUAUAGAAGGGGAUGUCCUUAAGGUGGCAGGGCACGUAUAUACUUCCAAAAUUUGUUUUUCCAAGCUGGAUUCAUCCAGUCAGGGCUGGCUGCAUCAGCCUGAAGGAACACCGACUGAAGUUGCUGAACAGCCAUUUUAUUCAUAGUUUUUUACCAGCUGAAACAUAUGGAAGAUUAUCUUACAAAAAAUUAAAUUUUAAUGUGCUGGUUCUAUAACUAACCUUUUAUUUGUUGUAUUUCAUCAGUGUCAGUAUUUAGGAUCAUUUUCAAGUUGACACUUAAUUUUUAAUCACUUUGGGUGCAAUACAUUUCAAACAAUCAAGCUUGCUUUACUAUGGUGAUGUGCAGGUCGUGAUUCGAGUCAAAUGCUUAUUGCUUAGGUGGAAAUAGCAUUAGAAUUUUGUGAACUAUGUUAAUCUGCUAUUGGUAGUUACAUAGUAUCAGAUUUAAUAAUAAAAACGCAGGUCCAUUGAAUUUAAUCAUCAAAUAUAGUGGACCUCUGUGAUUAACAUGCAUCAUUAGUGGACCUCUGUGAUUAACAUGCAUCAUUUAUAUAAGAAUCUUCUCGCCUCGGCAGCUGAUCAACAAACAGAUCAAUUUUUUAUUCAUUUUCUCCUAAGGACACAGGAAUUGUUCUUUUGAGGUCAUCUGUGAUUAUUGAUAGUUCGUGAAAUGGAAUUUUGCUUCUGCUUCCGUAUUCUUGUAAGAUGUUCUUGUAAGGAUUCCAUUUACCAAAUAUAUAUUGCCUUUUUGGAAGGGCACAUCCUUCUCAUUUCGUUGCUGCUUCUAUAUUUAGAGGAUUAUACAAUAAUGCAUGUUAUCUCAAUUGGUGUUUUCUGUGAUUUUUGACAGACAUGAUUCGCAUUUAGUGAUUAAUUCCAGGCAGAAUUAACUUAUUUGUAUUAUUUCCUGUGUGUGUUCAUUCAUCAUCCCAAAAAUUGAUAUGCUUAGCUGCUGUUGCUGGUAAAAUAGAUGGCAAUAAAGUGUACCCAUUACCCAUGGAUUCAGAAGUUGUGUAUAAAUGAGCAUGUAUGUUUAUGCGCCAUAUUAAUCUGCCAAUAAAUUCUAUGGAAAAAUAGGGAAAACCUUUAUUUUCUUGGUGACUGGCUGUAAUAACAUUGCAGUAUAAAAAUCUAUAUGUAUUAUCUUGACAUUUUAAAACCACAUCAAGAGCAAGUCUGUCUUCCACACCAGUUCUGACGAGCGGUGAUUGUUAUUUUCCACCACAAUUGAAAUAAUACUUGGGUUCUAUCACUCUGAAAAGCUGCUGUUUAUCAUGGGACACAGUGUACAGGAUUCUUGCCAUAAUGGUAAAUGAUUGAUCUGUUAAAAUAAAAUAAAUUUGUGAUUAUUUCUCCU